AUGGAUAGUGGAGUGUGUUUACCUGGUUACCAGAUGGAUAGUGGAGUGUGUUUACCUGGUUACCAGAUGGAUAGUGGAGUGUGUUUACCUGGUUACCAGAUGGAUAGUGGAGUGUGUUUACCUGGUUACCAGAUGGAUAGUGGAGUGUGUUUACCUGGUUACCAGAUGGAUAGUGGAGUGUGUUUACCUGGUUACCAGAUGGAUAGUGGAGUGUGUUUACCUGGUUACCAGAUGGAUAGUGGAGUGUGUUUACCUGGUUACCAGAUGGAUAGUGGAGUGUGUUUACCUGGUUACCAGAUGGAUAGUGGAGCGUGUUUACCUGGUUACCAGAUGGAUAGUGGAGUGUGUUUACCUGGUUACCAGAUGGAUAGUGGAGUGUGUUUACCUGGUUACCAGAUGGAUAGUGGAGUGUGUUUACCUGGUUACCAGAUGGAUAGUGGAGUGUGUUUACCUGGUUACCAGAUGGAUAGUGGAGUGUGUUUACCUGGUUACCAGAUGGAUAGUGGAGUGUGUUUACCUGGUUACCAGUACAGCCGUUAAUAAUUACAGUUCUGCUGGUCGUUGUCAUCCUGAGCAACAGACACCUCACCCUCUCACCCCCUACCUGACCACGCACCAUAACCCUCACCCUCUCACACCCUACCUGACCACCCACCUCACCCUCUCACCCUCUACCUGAUCACCCACCAUAGCCUCACCCUCUCACACCCUACCUGACCACCCACCAUAGCCCUCACCCCCUCACCCCCUCACCAGCCACCAUAACCCUCACCCCCACAUCCCCUUACCUCACCAGCCACCAUAGCCCUCACGGCCCUACAAUUCUGUCUGUAUUGUGGAACAUCUAAUGUGUGGUAUAUUGCCGUACAGUACAGUACUGUCUGUAUCCAGCAGCUAAUGUAUGGUAUAUUAGCGUAUAGUCUGAUUCCAGCAUCAUCUAAUGAGUUUUGUAUUAGUGUGUUAUUGAGGUCAUGAUAGUAGGUCACUGUGUUAUUGAGGUCAUGAUAGUAGGUCUUUACAGUUAUUGAGGUCAUGAUAGUAGGUCACUGUGUUAUUGAGGUCAUGAUAGUAGGUCAGUGUGUUAUUGAGGUGAUGAUAGUAGGUUAGUGUGUUAUUGAGGUCAUGAUAGUAGGUCAUUGUGUUAUUGAGGUCAUGAUAGUAGGUCAGUGUGUUAUUGAGGUCAUGAUAGUAGGUCAGUGUGUUAUUGAGGGGAUGAUAGUAGGUCACUGUGUUAUUGAGGUCAUGAUAGUAGGUCUUUACAAUAUGUUAUUGAGGUCAUGAUAGUAGGUCACUGUGUUAUUGAGGUCACGAUAGUAGGUCUUUACAAUAUGUUAUUGAGGUCAUGAUAGUAGGUCACUGUGUUAUUGAGGUCAUGAUAGUAGGUCUUUACAGUAUGUUAUUGGGAUCAUGAUAGUAGGUCAGUAUGUUAUUGAGGUCAUGAUAGUAGGUCACUGUGUUAUUGAGGUCAUGAUAGUAGGUCAGUGUGUUAUUGAGGUCAUGAUAGUAGGUCAGUGUGUUAUUGAGGUCAUGAUAGUAGGUCUUUACAGUAUGUUAUUGAGGUCAUGAUAGUAGGUCACUGUGUUAUUGAGGUCAUGAUAGUAGGUCAGUGUGUUAUUGAGGUCAUGAUAGUAGGUGCGUGUGUUAUUGAGGUCAUGAUAGUAGGUCAGUGUGUAAUUGAGGUCAUGAUAGUAGGUCAGUGUGUUAUUGAGGUCAUGAUAGUAGGUCAGUGUGUUAUUGAGGUCAUGAUAGUAGGUCUUUACAAUAUGUUAUUGAGGUCAUGAUAGUAGGUCACUGUGUUAUUGAGGUCAUGAUAGUUGGUCAGUGUGUUAUUGAGGUCAUGAUAGUAGGUCAGUGUGUUAUUGAGGUCAUGAUAGUAGGUCACUGUGUUAUUGAGGUCAUGAUAGUAGGUCUUUACAGUUAUUGAGGUCAUUAUAGUAGGUCACUGUGCUAUUGAGGUCAUGAUAGUAGGUCUUUACAUUGUGUUAUUGAGGUCAUGAUAGUAGGUCACUGUGUUAUUGAGGUCAUGAUAGUAGGUCUUUACAGUUAUUGAGGUCAUGAUAGUAGGUCAGUGUGUUAUUGAUGUCAUGAUAGUAGGUCAGUGUGUUAUUGGGGUCAUGAUAGUAGGUCUUUACAGUAUGUUAUCGAGGUCAUGAUAUUAGGUCAGUGUGUUAUCGAGGUCAUGAUAGUAGGUCUUUACAAUAUGUUAUUGAGGUCAUGAUAGUAGGUCACUGUGAGAUUGAGGUCAUGAUAGUAGGUCAGUGUGUUAUUGAGGUCAUGAUAGUGGGUCCCUGUGUUAUUGAGGUCAUGAUAGUAGGUCAGUGUGUUAUUGAGGUCAUGAUAGUAGGUCUUUACAAUAUGUUAUUGAGGUCAUGAUAGUAGGUCACUGUGUUAUUGAGGUCAUGAUAGUAGGUCUUUACAAUAUGUUAUUGAGGUCAUGAUAGUAGGUCACUGUGUUAUUGAGGUCAUGAUAGUAGGUCUUUACAGUAUGUUAUUGGGAUCAUGAUAGUAGGUCAGUAUGUUAUUGAGGUCAUGAUAGUAGGUCACUGUGUUAUUGAGGUCAUGAUAGUAGGUCAGUGUGUUAUUGAGGUCAUGAUAGUAGGUCAGUGUGUUAUUGAGGUCAUGAUAGUAGGUCUUUACAGUAUGUUAUUGAGGUCAUGAUAGUAGGUCACUGUGUUAUUGAGGUCAUGAUAGUAGGUCAGUGUGUUAUUGAGGUCAUGAUAGUAGGUCAGUGUGUUAUUGAGGUCAUGAUAGUAGGUCAGUGUGUAAUUGAGGUCAUGAUAGUAGGUCAGUAUGUUAUUGAGGUCAUGAUAGUAGGUCAGUGUGUUAUUGAGGUCAUGAUAGUAGGUCUUUACAAUAUGUUAUUGAGGUCAUGAUAGUAGGUCACUGUGUUAUUGAGGUCAUGAUAGUUGGUCAGUGUGUUAUUGAGGUCAUGAUAGUAGGUUGGUGUGUUAUUGAGGUCAUGAUAGUAGGUCAGUGUGUAAUUGAGGUCAUGAUAGUAGGUCAGUAUGUUAUUGAGGUCAUGAUAGUAGGUCAGUGUGUUAUUGAGGUCAUGAUAGUAGGUCUUUACAAUAUGUUAUUGAGGUCAUGAUAGUAGGUCACUGUGUUAUUGAGGUCAUGAUAGUAGGUCACUGUGUUAUUGAGGUCAUGAUAGUUGGUCAGUGUGUUAUUGAGGUCAUGAUAGUAGGUCAGUGUGUUAUUGAGGUCAUGAUAGUAGGUCAGUGUGUAAUUGAGGUCAUGAUAGUAGGUCAGUAUGUUAUUGAGGUCAUGAUAGUAGGUCAGUGUGUUAUUGAGGUCAUGAUA